AUGGACGCGGCGGAGCAGAUCGCGGUGAUGUGGCGGCAGGUGCGUGGCCCGGUGAUCGUGCCGCUGCUGCGCGCGGCCGUGGCGGUCUGCCUCGCCAUGUGCGUGAUCCUGUUCGUGGAGAAGGUUUACAUGGCCGUGGUCAUCACGGCGGUGCGGCUGCUCGGCCGCCGCCCGGAGCGUCAGUGGCGAUGGGAGCCCAUGCGCGAGGACGACGACCCCGAGCUCGGCAGCGCCGCCUACCCCAUGGUGCUCGUCCAGAUCCCCAUGUACAACGAGCGCGAGGUGUACCAGCUGUCGAUCGGGGCGGCGUGCGGGCUGUCCUGGCCGUCGGACCGGAUCAUCAUCCAGGUGCUCGACGACUCCACGGACCCCGUUAUCAAGCACCUGCAGGAGAUGGUGCAGAUAGAGUGCCAGCGGUGGGCGAGGAAGGGCGUGAACAUCAAGUACGAGAUCCGGGACAACCGUCGCGGGUACAAGGCCGGCGCGCUCAAGGAGGGCAUGAAGCACAGCUAUGUCCGCGACUGCGACUUUGUGGCCAUCUUCGACGCCGACUUCCAGCCGGAGCCCAGCUUCCUGUGCCGCGCCAUGCCCUUCUUCAUCCACAACCCCGAGAUCGGCCUCGUCCAAGGCCGAUGGAGAUUCGGUACGUACCUACGCCACAAGUAGCUCUGGCAUUGCUGCUAGGAUGUUUUUGUUAGUUUUUACAUAUGGUACCCCUACUUGUUUUGGUCAAAAUUCCUCUGCACGAACAUGACAUUGCUUUUGUUUUUGCUGCUGCUUCUGUCUGAACAGUGAAUGCAGAUGAAUGUUUGAUGACAAGGAUGCAGGAGAUGUCCUUGGACUACCACUUUAAAGUGGAGCAAGAAGUUGGAUCCUCCGCUUAUGCCUUCUU